GGAUGCGGAGUGCGUAUGGAUGGGGGGGGGGCCAUGCCACACGCGCGGACAGUGCCAGUGGGCCCUCUGCCGCCCUGGCCGCCCGGGAGCCGCUCGCUGGAGCAGCCGGGCCUCCCCUGGCCAGAGGUCAACCAGAUUCUCCUGCGGCGCCCUCCGCUGCCACCCCGGCCCAGAAGGUGGAGGGAGCCCCCCGGCCUGUUUGGCGCCCAAGCCUCCAGGCCACCGCCGUGUCCUCCCUUGAGAGGCGACACUUGCCAAAAACGCCCGGUUUGAAAAAACUGCAACGCCUGGAUCUCAGGGCCUCAAAGCACUGCCCAGCCAUGCGCGCCGCCCGUGCUUGCGCCGUCGCCGCGCUCACCCUGCUGGUGCUCCGCAGCAGUCUGACGUUCGUGGCGCCCAGCACGGCGGGACGUGGCAGAUCCUCGAGGACGGCGGCCAAGUACACCACGCAGACCAUCUUGCCCGCACUCGCGUGGAUCAAGACCGGCUUCAGGGAGAUCAGCGACCUUGCCCCGACCGAGCUGAGGGCGGUCAACUUGGGCGGCGUCGACGUGCUGGUGGGCAAGACGGAGGCCGGCAAGCUCUUUUGCGUGGGCAACCUGUGCCCCCACCUCGGCACUCCGAUGAGCGAGGGCGCCGACGUCAUCGGCGACACGAUCGUGUGCCCGCUGCACGGCUCGUCGUGGAAGGUCGGCGACGGUGAGCUCAUCGAUUGGUGCCCGAGCCCGCCCAUCAUCGGCCCCCUCACUGGCCUGGUGAUCGAGAAGAAGAAGCUCGCGAUCUUCGAGGCGCGUUCGGGCUUUUUCGGCGGCGACAUCGAGGUGCAGGUGGACACGAAUGCGAAGAAGGCAUACGAGGCGGACUACUGGAAGGGCAUCCUCGACGCCCAGGGCAAGAACGACGGCACGUACUACUGAGGCGUGAUUGCUUGCUCCGAAGAUUGAAGGUUGAAGGGCGAGGGAUGACAGAGGGAAGGGAGGAGGGACGGCCGGGGGCGCGAGUUGUCCGAGUGCAAGCCUGCACGCUUGCUGGCAGGUGGCAGGUGGCAGGUGGCAGGUGGCCUGGCGGGUUUUUCAUCCGUGCGACGGCAGACGGCCUGGCAGGGCGCAGUGUGGAGGCGAUGCCUGUGAAGCCCUCGUCCGCGUGCACGAAAAAGUCCU